CACCAAACGGCUCCGAUCAAUUUGAACCAGACGAAGAAAGACAUCAUGGCUUUCGAGAUUUUGAUGAUAGAGAUGAAAGACAUCACGAUCGCCAUUUAGAAGAACGUGGUGAAGAUAAUCGAGGCGAAAGAAGAAGUUUAAGUGGUUCUCGUUCUAGAAGUCCUCGUCGACUUCGAUCAAGAGAACGAAGAGGGGAUGAAGAGUCUAAUCCUGGUAAUAGUUUGUUUGUUACUGGUUUAUCACCAAGAACUAGCGAUAGAGAUUUAGAUGAAUUAUUUUCAAAAUAUGGAAAGGUCGUAAAGGCACAAAUUAUGUAUGAUCCUCAUACCCGAGAAUCACGUGGAUUUGGAUUUGUUACAAUGGACACGUAUGAUGAUGCAGAAGCAGCAAAAGAUAAUACUAAUGGUACAGAAGUUCAAGGAAAAACGAUAACCGUAGAAAAGGCAAGAAGAUCCAGGCCUAGAACACCAACACCAGGCCGUUAUUAUGGUCCACCUAAACGUAGAGAACCUCGUCGUAUUGAUAGAUUUGAUCCAAGAUAUGAUUAUAGUAGACCGCAUGAUCGCUACGACCGACCACCAAGAAGUUAUGGUCGAGAGCCUUACUAUGAACGAGGAGGGUUUGAUAGAUCGUCAUCGUAUUAUGAUAGAGGAGGCUAUGAUAGGGGAGGAUAUGAUAGGGGAGGAUAUGAUAGAGCAUAUGAUAGAGGAUAUGAUCGUGAGAGAAGAUUACCACCACCUUCACGUUAUGAUCAAUAUCCAAGACCUCGUUCUCCAUAUUAA